AGCGGUCGAAUCGCACAUGCAGUGCGGCAAGCAUAAAAUCGCGGCAGAGAGUCAAAAACAAACACCGGCCAUGUCUGAGUUCUGCGAGCAACAACUGCCGCUAGCAGCACUGACCUGAUACAAAUCUUCGGCGGGACAGCAACAUUGAAAUCCCAGGUGUUAUGGAUCUUGCACACUGUGGUGAAACAUCCAUCCUACACCUCAAAUGACGGGAUUGGUGAUCUUUUUCGUGUGAUGUUUCCUGAUUCUCAGGUUGCUAAUACAUUUUCCUGCGGAAAGGAUAAAACAGCAUAUAUUACGAGACACGGAUUAGCACCUCACAUCCAAAACCUGCUCUUCGACCAAGUCAAUGGGACUCGACCAGCCAAGAUGUUGUCCGAAGGGGGCUCCUUUGUGAAGGGGAUGGCCUUGGGAGCGGUCUUCAGCCUGACGCUGGCCAUCCUCAGUAGUUUCAGCCCCAGCGCCCAGUCUGGGUCGGAGGAGAACCACCAUCGCCACCACCACGUCCAGGCGCCUAGCAACGACGAGCUCAGGCGCCUCUCGGACCUGGAGGCUCAGGAACUGAACCACCAAGUCCGCGUGUACUGCGUCAUCAUGGUCCAGCCCAAGAUUCUGGAACACUGGGCCACCGCCGUGGACACGUGGAGCAAACACUGCGACAAAGCCGUGUUUUACACCUCGGAGUCCUCUAAGGCUCUGGAGGCGGUGGACCUGAACGAAAAAGACGACUGGGCGCGCUUGCAAAAAGCUCUGAAGCACGCUUACGAGAACGCCGGGGACCUGCGCUGGUUCUUCAUCGCGCAGCCCACCACCUUCGCCAUCAUCGAGAACCUCAAGUACCUGCUGCUCACCAAGGACCCCGGCGAGCCCUUCUACAUCGGCAACGCCGUCAAGUCCGGCGAGCUGGACUACGUGGCGUACGACAGCGGCAUCGCCCUCAGCUACGAGGCUCUCAAAAGGCUGGUGCGGGUUUUCCAAGAUCAAAACAAGUGUCCCCAGACCAGGCAAGGCCUGUGGCUCCUGAGCGAGGACAAGCAGCUGGCUGUGUGCCUUAGGCAAACCGGCGUGUUCGCCGAAAAUGGCGAGGACGUGCACGGCAAGGGCCUGUUCAACAGCAGGAGCGUGGAGACGUUGAUCAAGGAGAGCAUGAAGGACAACCCCGGCAAUGUGGUGGAAGGCUGCUGCUCCGACAUGGCCGUCACAUUCGGCGGGAUGUCGCCCAAUCAGAUGCAGGUGAUGAUGUACGGCGUCUACAGACUGCGUUCUUUUGGCCACGAUUUCUACGACUGGUUGACGUUUGACCCCCCGGAAGGUUCCGAAAACGACUAGAUCUUUGCUUUUAAUACUAGCUCCUUGUAUGGGAAGAUGGUUUUUCUAAUGUGGACUUAUCUAAUUGGAUCUUCGGUGGGGGGGGGUUUAGGUUUUUACAAGUUUUCUACAUUUUGCACUCUUUGCUCCCAGUUCCUGUGGUGGUAACAGUCCAUGGGCACACCGUCCUUUUCAACGAAGACAACAAUGUGACUUGCGCUUAGGCUACGGCUUUUUUUUUUUUUUUAAAUGUGUUUCCGUCCUUGUGUGAUCCUAAAGCUGAACCUUUGUGUAGACCUACCAAAUAUGUCACGUUUUACUUGUUUUCUGGCCUAAUUUAACAAAAAGAAGAGGGUUCUGCUCUGGAAGUUUCCUGGUACUGAUUGGGGACAAUGUCUUAUACAGAAGGUAACACUGUAUUUUUGCCUCGUUACUUCCGCCCGAUUGUAGCUGAGAUAGCCGCCAGCGACCCCAAAAGGGAAUAAGCGGUAAAAAGUGGAUGGAUACUAUGAGAAUCCUGUGUGUGACGAAAGCAUUAAGGAGUAGGACUAGCGUGCUCAAACAACCACCAGGUGGCAUCUGUGAGCAGAUAGCACUUUCUCUGUGGGAAAGGGUCGGUAAUGCUUUCAACACUCCCACACUAAAUGAAGGAAAAGUCCAAAAUACAGUGUUGCUACUGUCGAAUCUCUAUUUUUUUUGUAAGUUUGUGUGGAAUCCUCCUUACUGGAUAACCUGUACUUGAAAAUGACAAUUAUUUAAGAAAUGUAAUAAAAGUGAGAAAACAUGCCAA